AUGAGUCUCCUCUCUGUUGUCAGUAGCGCGUUGUCCACCGUCGCCGCACCAACCUCCGAUGACCCCAUCCUGCAGUGCACCGAUGACCUGCCCAAUCUCCUCUUCCAUGACACUACGAAUGCCCUCAAGCUUGCCGAUGCCAAACUACACGUGUUUCCAUUCAAAGAUGUGCACACCAGCUGGCGACGGCUGUACACUGACGCGUCGAUCGUGAAAGCGUGUCUCACAAUCAUCAGCAACUGCGACCUCCCCGAGCUGCCCAACGAGCAAGCUACAAGCCAUAAACUCGACCCAUCGAGGCUUAUCCAAGCUCUACAAAAUGAGAAGAAAGACCUGAAAAUCCUCUCGAGCUCGCCAUGGCUUCCCGACGUAAUUCACACACUGGACAAUGCACUCCUGAUGACGGGCGGACUUUCGAGAGAGAAGCUCAUUGAGACCUUAUUUUCCACACUACAGGCGGCCACCUAUGACCCCGAUUUGCCCGGGGACUCUUGCAACGACACAUCUAGACCUCCCUCCAAGCGCCGCAAGAUUUCGCAAUCACUCUUCCCUCCCGAAUCGGUCCCCGCCCCCCGCCUGAAGUACCCCAUCAAGCGCGUAUCAGCGCCCUCCUUCGAUGCCAUGCAGGAUCAUAUCCUUGAGAUUCGCGCUCCGCUGGUGAUAACCGACGCAGUGGACCAUUGGCCCGCAAUGUCCACUCGGCCCUGGAAUUCCCGCGACUACUGGUCUGACCGUACGUUCAACGGCCGUCGACUCGUGCCAGUCGAAGUGGGCAGGUCAUACACCGAUGAAGGAUGGGGACAGAAGAUCAUGGAGUUCAGGGAGUUUAUCGACAGACAUAUCUGGCGAGGAAAGCUGGACCCCAGUUUCCAGCAGCGAUAUGAGCGUGAUAGCUCUGGAGACGACGAGGAGACCGGGUACAUGGCACAGCACGACCUUCUUGCCCAAAUCCCUGCUCUGCGCAACGAUAUCAGCAUCCCUGACUGCUGCUACAUCGACCCCCCAGGCGCAGAGCCGGGGACACCUGUGUAUCAGGCGAAACAACGGAAGCGCGAGGCAGCUAAGACACAAAUGGAGGAGAAAUCGAAGCACCUGGCAUCAGAUCAAUUGCCUACACCGGCUGAAAAGGACGACAAUGAGUCAGAUGCAGGCUCUCUCAUGGUAUUUCCGACAGACCCGAUCAUUAACACUUGGAUCGGACCUUCCUGGACCAUCUCGCCUCUCCACCACGAUCAGUAUCACAACAUCCUCGUCCAGGUGGUCGGUACCAAAUACAUCCGUCUCUACUCGCCUCACACCCCGGCUUCCCAAAUCCACCCUCGCGGUCAGGAAUGGGUGGCGUCCAAGGACGAGACCGAAUCCGGAACUUCGUCCGAUGGUGAACCUGCUAAGAGACUCAUCGACAUGUCCAACACGUCCAAGGUCGAUCUUGCUGCCAUUGAACUUUCCCCCGCGGAGGAGGAACAGUGGGAGGAGAUGUGGCCUGGGUUUCUGCAGGCUGAGUACGUCGAGACUGUGCUGCAUGAGGGCGAGUGCUUGUACAUUCCCGUGGGAUGGUGGCACUAUGUCCGGGGAUUGCAAGCUGGUAUUAGCGUUAGUUUCUGGUGGGGUUGA